AUGGGAAUGAAGUUGAUUCUCAGAUACGCUGAGAAGAUAAUGGAGAAAGAUUAUAGUAUCACUAUUCCACUACCUGUUGGGAUUUUUGGUGUUAGUCGAAAGACUUCUGUUCUCCGAGAGGACAUCAUUGAUCUUUGUAACAUGAAUGAGGUCAAAGCAUUUACAUUGGUGGCCUAUAUGACGUACUUGUAUUCAUAUGUUAUUGGUUCGAAGGAAAAUAUACAGUACGUCUUUGUAGAUCCAUCCCUCACCUCUGUCGGACACUCGCAAGAAUCUCAAGUUCGAAACUUAUGCAGUAGAUUGAUGGUCUCAAAGAUUAACGAAAUAGUUCUUGCUCCUUUUAAUCCUGGGGGUCAUUGGGCACUGCUGGCCAUAAAUGCGUAUGAUGAUACAAUAUUUUACCUCGACUCACUAAGGACAACAUCGAAGUCAACUAUAAGAUACGUCACUGACACAGCAAUAGCGAUGUUUCAGUCACAAAAGAACAUUAAAAAAAGUAGAAAACAAACUUUCUGGCGAAUAGUAAAGUGUCCACUACAAGUCGGGAGUACUGAGUGUGGAUACUACGUGAUGAGGUAUUUGAGAGAAAUUGUGACUAGGGAAGCAUUGUCAUAUCCGAUGCGAUUGAUACACGAAGAUCAUACUCACAGGCAGAACUAG